AUGUCUCGGUCACAGCUUCUUAUUGUACUCGUGUGUUGUCUACCUUUGGCAGGUAUUUUGCAGUGUUUCACCUGUGUGUUCCCCGCCAUCUCUUCUCUGGACUGCUUAAAGUUCCCCCAGGAGUGUCCGGCUGGACAGCGCUGCCUGUCAAGCACUGCGACUGGCAGCCGGGGUUCACUACAUGUGACGAUGUACGAGAAGAGCUGUGCCAUCCCCUCCCAGUGUGGCGUGAGUGGACAGAAAUACGCCUCAGGCCUCUACUUCAACUACACCAACGUCUGCUGUGAUACAGACCUGUGUAACGGAGCCGGGGCCGUUGCUGCCCUCAGCUGGGGACGAGUCGCCCUCUGUCUGCUGCCGGCGAUCAUUCUCCUGCUGGCCUGAGAGUCAGAGGGGAUGACAGAGGUGUGCAGGUCUCCGCGAUGUCACACUUAACACCAGAUAUCAAAGACGUAACAGGCACAUGUAAAAUAACAGGGUUGGAAAAGUCCUGUUUUUAAUGAAGAACUAUCAGGGAUGACGAGUGAUACACGUUAUCUGAUAUUUUUUCCCCCAUGGCUUCCUCUUAUCUUAUUAAAAUGCCAAGAGAACCCAAUAACAAUGAUACUAUACUAAACAUGUAUUUAAUAAACAAGUUACAAAAAUGCCACUACCAAAACUGACCAAAUAAAGUCGGCAAAAAUACCUGACUGAUACCAAAAUAUAUAUCACCUCUUUCGUGGCUGUACUGGAGCUUUCAGUCGUACCACAUGAUCUUCAUCAGGUGUCAAGAAUUUGCUCAGUUAUCAUGAAACAGUAAUGAUCAAAUUUAAGUCUUUUUCGCAAAACCCGAUCGUCCAUUUUGGCUUAAAAGCUGGUUCACAGUUCAUUCUUGAUUCGACAGAACAAUCUCACCUUAAGGUCCAUUUAGUAAGUCUUUUGGAGCUCUUGAUCACAUCACAUGAUCUUCAACAACAAUUUAGGGUUUAUAAUAAUUAUUAAUAAUGAAUGGUAAAUUUGUAGUUAAACUUUGGUUAAUAAAUGUCCAAUUGUAACAGACAAUAAAAGGCUUAAUAAACCAUUUAUCAAGCAACUAUAUAGUUUUUUUUUUUACAAUUUGCAACUUUACAUGGGCCAUAAAAAACACUGUUUAUAGAUGAACACAGUAUUUAUUAAGUUUACAAAGUCUUAUUAACAUCAAUUGCAAAUUUACACUGAUCAAUCCUAACAGUGAACCAACAUUUAAUUAAAUAUACAUUUACCAUAAUGAUGUUUAUUUCUAAGUGUUACCCAAAUUAGUAGAUUUUCAAGAUUUGUCAGCUUUUGUUGUCUUUAAAGUUCAAAAGUUUGUUUCUGACCUUGGAAAAAGAAGAUAGUUGGCACAUGAAUUUCAUGUGCUCUGAUAGAAAGCUCUGUCUCAGGAGCAGCUACUAAAUGGACCCUGUAGGGAUUCUGUUUUGUCAAAUGUUGAGUCCCAAGAUCAAGAAUUAACUUUAUCGCCAACAUGGACAAGAACGCACUAAAAUCCUCGGAAAAAGUCUAAAUUUGAGCAGCAACAUUCACAUGUCAAAUGGGUGAAAGCUCCAGGAGAGACACUAAAUGGAUCCAACUGCUUUAAAAACCUUAAAUAAAUACUGUUUUUCUUCUGGUUAUGUAUCAAUGCCUCUCCAAACAAGACUAAUGAUGACCUGAUAAUGAUGCUUAUAAAACUUAAUAAACUACAUAAAAGAGCUGCCUUCUCAGUAUUGUGCUUCUUAUUUGUGCCAUUCUUUAUAUUCAUUUGUUUUGUUUGUACAAGUAAUUUUGGAAUUACCACAUGUGCAACUUUUUGGACCCCUUUUCCUUGAACAUCUCAAUGUUACCCUCGAUGAUAUGGAAGACUG